AACUAUCACACAACAGGAUUGUUCCUCAGAGCGUUUUACUUUGAAGGUUGGUGUCCGGAAGUCCCGCACCACACACCGCGUGGUGAGCUUGACGGUGCGUGCUCAGUUGGUCCGGAGGAGCUCCAGCAGCACUCAGCCCAGCAGCCCUGCUCCGUCGGUGCGGACAUGAGAGGAGGUCGGCCGUGUUAGCCUGGUAGUCAGCCGGUGAUCAGCCACAGGCCGCCGCAGUUGCAGCAUCCAUUCUGAGCGGGGACCGCCCCAACCGGCCCCCUGGCGGCUGCGAGCUAGCGUCAACCCGCGGACUUCACCGGCGCAAAGGCGGUGUCGGGGACGAAGAGGCGCGGUGCGGGAACACGGGGCCUCCGGCUUGUACGACUCGGUUUUACCGCUGCCCUGGAGAGUUUAGCACGCCGGAGCAACAUCCUGCUGAGAUGGACAACCUGAGCGAAGCCCUGGAGAAGCUGAAGCUAGCGUCGACAGACAGCGCCACCGACAGCGUGGAGAGCUGUCUGGACUGCCUGCUGAAAGCUCUCGCCAACAACAACACUGAGGCCAGUAUGAAGAUCCAGGAGAUGGGUAUCCUCCCUCUGCUCCCCACCCUGCUGAGCCCCCAGUCUUCCUGCACUCCUAAAGUAGCCAACAUGAUAGCUGAGGUGGCUAAAAAUGAGUUCAUGCGGAGUCCUUGUGUGGAAGCCGGCCUCAUCCCUCCUCUAAUUCAGCUGUUGAACUCCACCGACCAGGAGGUUUUACUGCAGACCGGCCGAGCUCUCGGCAACAUCUGUUAUGACAGCCAUGAGGGCAGGAGUGCAGUUGACCUGGCAGGAGGGGCUCAGAUAGUAGCUGAACACAUUAAAUCCCUCUACCAAAAUACUGAGCCGGAAAAUGAGAAGCUCUUGACUGUCUUUUGUGGCAUGCUGAUGAACUAUAGCAAUGAUAAUGAUUCCUUACAAGCCCAGCUGAUCAAUAUGGGUGUGAUUCCGACUCUGGUGAAGCUGCUGGGCAUCCAUUCCCACAACACGGCCCUGACAGAGAUGUGUCUAAUUGCCUUCGGGAAUUUGGCCGAGCUCGAAUCCAGCAAAGAGCAGUUUGCCUCCACCAACAUCGCUGAGGAGCUGGUGCGUCUCUUCCAGAAGCAGAUAGAGCACGAGAAGAAGGAGAUGAUUUUUGAGGUCCUGGCUCCACUUGCAGAAAAUGAUGUGAUAAAGCUGCAGCUGGUGGAGGCCGGCCUGGUGGAGUGUCUGCUGGAGGUGGUGGCUCAGACUGUGGACGGAGAGAGGGAGGAGGACAUCGCCCAACUCAAGACGUCCUCCGACCUCAUGGUUCUCCUGCUGCUGGGAGAUGAGUCCAUGCAGAAGCUGUUUGAGGGAGGAAAGGGCAGCGUCUUCCAGAGGGUCCUGUCCUGGAUACCUUCCCACAACCAUCAGCUGCAGCUGGCGGGGGCUCUGGCCAUCGCCAACUUUGCUCGCAACGAUGGGAACUGCAUCCACAUGGUGGACACCGGUAUCGUGCAGAAGCUUCUGGAUCUGUUGGAUCGGCAUGUGGAGGAAGGCAAUGUCACCGUCCAACACGCAGCUCUCAGCGCCCUGCGGAACCUGGCCAUACCUGUGGUCAACAAAUCCAAGAUGCUGUCAGCGGGCGUAGCAGACGUGGUGCUGAAGUUUUUGCAGUCGGAGAUGCCUCCAGUCCAGUUUAAACUUUUGGGAACAUUACGCAUGCUCAUCGAUACACAAGCUGAGGCUGCAGACCAGUUGGGCACCAACGGGAAGCUGGUGGAGAGACUGGUGGAGUGGUGUGAAGCCAAAGAUCACGCAGGAGUGAUGGGCGAGUCCAACAGGCUCCUGUCAGCUCUCAUUCGACACAGCAAGUCCAAGGAAGUCGUCAGAACUGUCAUCCAGGGAGGAGGAGUCAAGCAUUUAGUUACCAUGGCAACCAGCGAGCACAUGAUCAUGCAGAAUGAAGCUCUGGUGGCUUUGGGACUCAUAGCGGCGCUGGAUUUGGUUGCGGCUGAGAAGGACUUUGUUGGAGCCAACCUGGUGUCAGUGCUGCACAAGCUGCUGUCAGACGAGAGGAGUGCCCCAGAGAUCAAGUACAACUCUAUGAUCCUCAUCUGUGCAGUCAUGGGCUCAGAGCCUCUUCACAAAGAAGUCCAGAGCCUGGCUUUCAUCGAUGUGGUGUCAAAGCUGAGGGCUCACGAAAACAAGACGGUAUCACACCAGGCAUCGCUCACAGAGCAGCGGCUAACCGCCCAGAGCUAAAUGACUGUGUCCGAGACCACCCACUCGCCCACUCACCUCCCCACCUGCCCACCUAAAUGCCUGCCUGACCACCUUAUCACCCAAUGACACCUCAUGACUGCGCUCCUCUGUGCCCCAUUGUCACGUGCCAAGGUACCAUGUCGCGUUAACUGCCAGCCAGACAUACAGAUGUGUCUCGACCCUCUGUCCCGCCCUCCUCCACUAGGGUUAGACUGAUGUGGCUUUUAGAGCGCCUUGCACUUUCCGCUUCGUUUCGAACCAUAAAUCCGAGUUUUUCUAGUAGAAUUUUUUAUUUUAUUAUGACGGGCAAGACUUCACGCUGAAUGAGAGAAAGCCUUGUACACAGUUUUUAGACCACGGGAUACCAAACCUCUCCUGAAAGCCAUAAUAGUGAGAUUUAUCUUGGGUGGGUCAGAAGGUUAAUUUCAGGCUUCGCAGCCUGACGCCUCUUAACGCUCAACUAAGGGAUUUAUCUUGAGGUCGAAACCACUGACUUUCUGCCAUCGUUUAUUUUUUAUUUUUUUGCAUGCAUCAGUCAAGCCCUAGUCCCCACCUCUACUUGUGCAUGCACCUCCUGCUACAAGUAGCUCCAUAGACAGCCUGACGCAAUAGAUUAAGAGACGACACUCUUUUACGACCAUAGCUGUGAUUCCAUCCGCCGGUAAAUCCAUCAGUGAAAGUGUGCACAAAAGAACAAAAAAAAAAAAAAAAAUCCUACCGUUGUGUUUUUUCAUCGAUUCAUUUUUAAGAAAACCGCAGCCAUCUAUGACGUGCCCAGUUGUGUCCCAUGUAGCUCAAGUAUAAACUGACUAGAAACUGUGCAUGUUUUAGUCCUGUUGAAGGUGUGCCAGUGUUCAUUUUACCUCUCUGCCGCUCGCAUACCCCCCCCCAGAGUACAGCCUGCCCUCUUCUACUCACACCUCCGCUCUUGUUGUUUGCAGCUUGUUUUUUAAGACAUGGAUCAAGAGAUUUUAAUCCAGGUAGUUAGAUCCCCCCCCACCCCCUCUGGUCCAGCAGCUCUACAGUUACAGUUCACACGGUUCCACCCCAUCACUGGAAGAGAAUCACGGAAGAGCCGGGUGAAGAACAGGGUGCGCAGAUAUCAGCAGGUCGUCCUGGAUCCAGUACUGUCAUGCAGCGUGUGUACGUAAUGUUGACAACACAAACUCACCAGGUAGCGGCCGGUCGUCCUCAUGUGAUGUAAGGUGGGAGGAAAAAAAACCUCAUGUGGGGGCAAAGUAACAAAUAUGUGAUUUAGCCUGACUCUUCCAUUCAAGUCAAUACAAACCAUGUGAAUUAAAAGAUGGCGCGUGGUUUAAAAUGUCUGGAAUUUAAGAGCUUUCUCUGUCCCAGGCUAAAUCAUAUUCUUUUGUGUCUUUCCAUCCACUUGACUCUUUUCUUCCACUUCGUAUGCUGCUGAGAAAAUUGUGUCUUUGACAUCAGACCAAUCAAUGUUUCACAGUUUGACACUUUGCUAAGUCUACAGGUAGAAGUGAUUGGGUUUUUAGUGCUCUGGACAGAAUUCAAGAAAUCCAGAAAGUGUAUUGUGUUCACUUGAGAAAAAAAAAAAAGGUUUUUCUGAAGGGCAGCAAAAUAAGCUCUCGAAGCAAACACGUCCCAUCUGCGUAGUUGAAUCCAGUUUCAUUUUGGUUUCGGGUUGAGACACUUGCGUCUUUCAGUAAAAUAGAUCUGUUGGAAGCGCAGGCUGAUGAACAGCAGAGACUGGAUAUUGAACCCGUGAAUUCAUCUGGUUAAUUCAGGAAGGCCUUUUUCUCAAGUGAAUGCAACACACCUAAUCUUUUACAAAUAUUUCUGGAUGAACAGAAGAGGGGUGAUGAGCGACGAACAAGAUGAAAUUCGUGCAGGAGAUGUCAGAAGAGGUUAGAACGUCAGGCUCGGUCCAGCAUCAGGACUCUGCAGCAGACAGAAAAACAUGGGGCGUCAUUUGAACCGUCUGAAAUAAAGCAGCCACCAGUCUUGUAGGUGCGUGUGUGGUCUGUUUGAGUCCGGGAUCUUGAGAGAACAGGAAACCUGAGCGCGAACACAGAUCACUGUAUCACAACCACUGCAAGUCUCUCCUCCGUUUCCUCGAUUCAAAAAGGAAUUUCUGCGAACCCGCACAUCUCAGCAUGUCCAACACUGUUACCGACACCCUGUCAACAUGCCACAGUGUGUCUCCUGGUCUGGGCCUACACGUUUUGUUUAGUUUUUAAAGGUAUGAAUGGUUAUUUAUCAGAUUUGUGCUCUUCUAAAGACACAUGCCAGUGGAGAUGUAUCCAUAGUAACUGCGUAAUAAAAUACUAUAAACUUAAAUGUUUGUUGUAAAUGUCAUGAGUUGUACAUUUGGAGGAUUGUAACUCAGCAGAUAAUUAAAAGAUAAUAGCUGGUCA